UGUCAUUAAUUCCAUAGUGCUUUCCCCACUUGCUGACAAUUGGUGUUACCUUCAUGGUUGUUCCUUGCAGAACUUUGGUCAUGUGAACUUAGCCUACUCGUUUUGUGUCUUUAUUAUUUUCUUCCACUGUUUCUUGCUUAACUUGAACUUCCUCAUGGCUUAUGAUGUAACAGUAUGGCAUUGAUUGUCACUGGUUUAGUAAUUAGUGACUAUUUGUUCUGUUUUCUAAGAUUUAUCUUCUAUUCAUCCUAGAGAACAGAACAGUAAUAUUGAGCAACAAGAGAAGGAGAUCAACACAAGUACACAACAGAAGAAAAGAUGGGGUUUUUGCAACUAUUGGAGGUGGCGUCUGCUCCAGUUAUUCAAGUCCUACUUAUCAGUGCAGUGGGAGCUUUUAUGGCAACUGAUUAUUGUGAUAAUCUUCUUUCGGCAGAGUUUAGAAAAUCCUUGAACAAGAUUGUCUUCUUCGCGUUCACUCCUUCGCUUAUAUUUGCGAGUUUUUCCAAGAAUGUUUCUCUUGAAGAUAUGAUAUCAUGGUGGUUUAUGCCCGUUAACAUUGGAUGUACCUUCUUAAUUGGAGGGAUUCUCGGAUGGAUACUUGUAAAAGUACUAAAACCAAACUUGAAAGUGCAAGGGCUUAUUAUUGCUUCAUGUUCAACAGGAAACAUGGGUAAUCUUCCUGUUGUAAUUAUCCCAGCAAUCUGUGAUCAGAAAGGAGGUCCAUUUGGUGCACCUGAUGAUUGCCGCAAUAGGGCUCUCUCUUAUUCCUUUUGCUCUUUGGCGCUUGGUGGUGUCUUCAUCUGGACUUAUACUUACCAACUAAUGCAAAACACAUCCUUGAGAUACAAGGCAUUUGAGGCUGCUGAGAUCUUAAAGAUUCCCAGCAAAGACAUUGAUGCUAAUGCAGAAGCUCGCCUUCUCAAGCAAAAUGAGGGUUACGCCGUAGACACUGAAAAUCAGAUUCUUGUAGACCAAGGUCCUUCUAUUGCAACGAAGAAUAUGGAAAAAUGCUUUUGUCACAGAAUGAUGGAAACUCUUGUCCAAAUCCUGGCAGAACUAAUGUCACCCCCAACAAUUGCUACAUUUUUAGGUUUCCUCUUUGGUGGAGUUAAAUGGCUAAGAAACCUAAUAAUAGGGCACGAUGCUCCACUGAAAGUGAUCCAAGACUCAAUUCAAUUGUUAGGGGAUGGUACAAUUCCUUGUAUCACGGUUUUGCUUGGUGGCAACCUUACACAAGGCAUGCGAUCAUCAAGUAUCCAACCAUUGAUCCUCAUUUGCAUCAUCAUAGCUCGACUUUUCUUACUACCUGCCAUUGGAUUUUUUGUUGUUAAAGCGGCUGCAAAUUUUGGUUUCCUCCCAUUGGACCCUUUGUUUCAGUAUGUGCUAGUGAUGCAGUAUGCCAUGCCACCUGCAAUGAAUAUCAGUACCAUGGCUCAGCUAUUUGAUGUAGGCACUGAAGAGUUUUCAGUUAUUCUCUUGUGGACAUAUGGAGCUUCAACUAUAGCCCUCACUCUUUGGUCAACGUUCCUCAUAUGGAUAUUUUCUUAAUUAAGAUAAUUUUUUUAUCACCACAGCCAUCAGUAAAUUAUCCAAACAAACAGCAUGAAGGAGAUCGUAUUCUCUAUACAGCUGGAUAUGAAGGAUGGUAUGUUUGAGAAUUCUUGGUAAAUUUUUUGCAUGAUGUGCUCUAGAAUCAACUAGACCACACAAUAUGACAACUAAGUUAGGAGGCUGGGUAAAAAAAAAACCGGAUUGCGGUUCAUGGCUCUGUUAAAGAUGUGUGUGUGGAAAGGGUACCGUGGUUGAGGCCAUUCAUUUUGUUUCUAGUUUUCAUGUUUUUCUUUCUCCUCAAAAACACAUGUCUAUUUCUUUGUACUAUCUAAUAGUAUCUGUUGUAAAAGUUAUGA